AUGGCAGUGGUGAAGCUCGCAUGUGGGGACACCACACCCAACAACCUCUAUGGGUUGAUACUAUCCCUUGUCAUUGUCGGUGCCGACCUUGGCUUUAUCUUCGUCUCCUAUGGACUGAUCCUACAUGCUGUUUUCCAGCUGCCUUCGCUGGAGGCCAGGCACAAGGCCCUGGGUACCUGUGGGGCCCAUGUGGGGGUCAUCAUCAUCCUCUACACACCGGGCCUCUUUUCUUUCCUCACCCACCGCUUUGGACAUAACAUCCCUCACCACGUCCACAUCUUCCUGGCAAACAUCUAUCUCAUGGUUCCAGCCAUGCUCAACCCCAUCGUUUAUGGGGCCAAGACCAAGGAGAUCCGUGAGCGGGUGCUGAGUGCACUGGGGCUGAGGAAGAGCGCCUCCUAG